AUGAACAAUACAACGCUGACAGAUUUCCUAACGCCGAUCGGCGAUGGCUCCUCGUGGGCAGCGAAGUGUGUACGCCGCCUUCUCGAGGCCGAAAACCUCACGGAAAUAGCUGGGGGUCUGGUCGCACAGCAUGGCCGCAAGCCCGUGACAUUUGUCAAGGACGCAUGGGAUGCAUGGGGUAUUGAUAUGGAGACUUGUCAUGCGUACUGCGCCAGGCAGAACUUUCCUAUGUUUUACCAGGUCUUUGAUUUUCCAAUCUUCACAUCGGGUGUGACAAACUACCUCCUACCUUGGCUCGGUCUGACGGCGCAACUACCGUACGAAACGGGUUCCAUAUCUGAGAACUUUGAGAGCUUCUGCCUCGCGGUCGGAAGUCCGAUGUUAUCUACCUUCUCUCUUAUGUCGACAGCUCUCAAUGCCCAUUCCACAUCGUUGAUAUUCGCAGCCAAAUUCGGUAACGGUAAAACUAAAUCACCUUUGAGUGAGGCAAUAGAUGCGGCGGAGUACUUCCUUUGUAACUCUCAGCAGUCUCCCAUCAGAAUACAAGAAGAUCAGUUCCAAAAAUUGUUUGAGGAGGAUACCGAGCGGUUGCGUGAUCGAUGGCUACCCCUCGAAGAGCGUCUCCAUAAGACUCGCCGGCAGUACACCUUCUCCCUCUUUGCGCAGACCUUUUUUGCAGUCAUUGCUUGGGUUUUGACCAUUGUUGGAUCGUACGUUACAUCGCUCGGUCAGCAUUCCGAAGCUCUUUUGCUCUCCUCCGGCACGCUUUGGACUUGGUUAGUUCCGGUAGUCUUGGGUUGGAUGGCUGUUGGGACACAAUCACGAAAGGACGCCGUCCGAGAAGCAAUACAAGGCGAGAUAUUAAGUGGAAAGUCUGCCCCAAUAAAAGCACUAGAAGUCGAGUCUGGCUUCAUAAACCCGCCGAAGCUGAAGCAACUACAUCAUGCCCUGUGGAGUAGUGUGCAAGGAGACGAAGCACACCAGGGCCCCGCUUACAAUUAUGCACGCAUAUUGACGUAUCCAAAACUACGAGACAGAAUCGUUGAUGAGUUCGAAAAAAGGCGCGAUUUGCAGGAUGCACAGCAAGUUCGAGCUGAUCCUUCUGAUCCUGUAGAUCAGGUUCACCGAACUAACACGACCCCGGUCGCAGUCGGCUCAUCUCACUAUAUUGAUGAGCCAUACAUGACUUGGAAGGAUGUUAAAGAGAGUUCUGAUUGGAAAUGGAACUUCAUAAUCUCCAAUAUUGUCGCCGUAUUUCUUCAGUGGGGCGUCACUGGGUCGGCCAUUGUCAUAUCAUACCUGACAGAGGUGCGCGGUCUCGGAUGUCGCUCUGGGAGUUAUCUACUAUACGGCAUCCUCGCAACUUCCGCACACGUUCUUCUGCUGAUAUCUGUUGUCCUUUCACACCACGUAAUGCUUAUAUAUCAAAAAGAGCGACGGAACAGAGCAGUAGGUGCAGCGCACGAAGUUCCACGAAGUCCUCAGAUCAAAUGGGUUGGUAGACUUGCCGUGCUUAUGCGGUUAGUUGGUAAAUCUGUUGCAGUUGUCAAUGCCACCUGGAUCAUCUUGAGUUCUAUAUUCGAGCUGAUCGGUUUCUAUGAAAGCUGCUGGUGCACUGGAACUGUCUUGGGGCUAGGUAACAGGGCUUGGGUUGUUCUCUUUGUGAGUGGUGACAAGAUGAGAGAUGACGCUGAAGCCUCUUGGAUCGGUGGACUUACCAUGAGCUUAUUUACAAUGAUCUUUACUUACAUUCUUACUAAGUCUUAUGCCCAGAGCAAAAUGUAA